AUGCCUCCUCCAUCUCCUCCAAUUUGUGAGGAACAACCUCAUUUAGAACCUCAGAGAGUUGAGUCUGAAAAUGUAAUAGUCGAUUCUCAAAGACAAGAAUUUGAUACUAAUUCUCUUGAGCGUGAUCCGGGAUUACGUCCUCAAAUUGACACAUUUCUACCCAAUGAACGUGAUAAUGUUCGAAGAGCAUAUAUUAUGUUAGGUCCAUGUCAACCAAAAUUAGAUGAAUAUCCAUCACACUUCGAAGGGAAUCAAAUGCGUCGAUUUAAUGGUAGUUGGUAUAAGCAAUUCCCUUGGCUUGAGUAUUCGGUUCAUUAUGAUAAAGCAUUUUGCUUUCCAUGCUUUCUUUUUAAUAUUGAUCGCUCACAUAAGGCAUUCACUCAAGAUGGGUUUAGAAGUUGGAAACGAAUUGGUGGAAAAGAUUGUGUUUUCCAUACUCAUGUAGGCAUUAUAAAUUCACCACAUCAUUUUGCUAUGCAAAAGUGGAUGGAUUUAAAAAACCCGAGUCACCAUAUUGACAAAGUAGUUCAACCCCCACAUGAAGUUACAAAAAAUCGGUUGAGGCUUACAACCACAAUAGAGGGCAUUAGAUAUCUAGCAAAUCAAGGAAUGACUUUUAGAGGUGACGAUGAAUCUUGUGACUCAUUUAAUCGUGGUAAUUUCAUUGAGUUGAUAAAAGCUUUUGCAAGAAUGAACGAAGAAGUUGAAAAAGUUGUGUUAAAGAAUGCUCCCUUCAAUGCCCAAUAUAUUUCACAUAAGAUACAAAAGGAGAUCCUAAAUAUCUUUGCUAACAAAGUGAGGAAGAUGAUACGCGAUGAAAUUGGGGAAGAUGGGAAUUUUUGUAUUCUCAUUGAUGAAGCACUUGACGACUCUAAGAAGGAACAAAUGGCUAUUAUCCUAAGGUUUGUGGGUCGUGAUGGGCAUAUUCGAGAAAGGUUUUUUGAUAUUGUGAGUGUUCAUGACACUAACUCCUUAACUCUUAAAACUGAUAUUUGUAAAGUGCUUGGUAAGCAUAGUCUUUUAGUGAGUAAUAUGCGUGAUCAAGGAUAUGAUGGUGCUAGCAAUAUGCGUGGUCAAUGGAGUGGCUUACAAGCAUUAUUUCUUAAUGAUUGUCCAUAUGCAUAUUAUAUACAUUGCUUUGCUCAUCGCCUCCAAUUAGCUUUAAAUGCUGCAGCUAAAGAGAUAGGACUUGUUUGGAGAUUUUUUUCAAUGUUAAAUAAUAUUGUGAACUUUGUUUGUGCUUCUGCCAAACGCCAUUCUGAGUUAAAAUUAACUCGUCAAGCUGAAAUUGAAGACUUACUGGCAGCUGGAAGACUUGGAAUAG